GCUGGACAACUCCUUUCAAAUAUCCAUGGAUACCAUCAACACUGAACUGGGUGCAUGCCUUCAAUGCACUGCUGUGGAACAAUUCAAAUGGUCUAUUCUUUCCAUCAGGUUUGAUCAGUGUGACAAAGCGGAAUAAAACUUUAUUAGACAGUCUUUCAGUAACAGUAAUUUUCCAAUACAGUGUACAAGAAACUACUAGUCCAGAACAUUGGACUAGUGAACAUUUGCUCCAAGUCAUAGGCCAACAUUAAUACCCAUGUGAAAUGGAAAAUCAAGAGAAGACUUUUCAGCCAGAUGCUGAUUCUGCAGUGAUGGAUUCAGAGAUCGGAACACUGAUCAAAUAUAUUGAAUGUCAGAUGGAGCAGGAGUAUUUCCAAACACUGGAAUCCUCACCAGAUCUCUGUAAUGGGCUUCCAGGAGUCCUAAGAUACAAAAGAGAGUCCCAAGAGAGGAUGUACAGUCAACAGCCCCAACCUCAACGGGACUCUCCAAUAUGCUGUCAGUUCUGUGGUUUGAAAGCUUGGCCUCCUCUGGAUCUAGGAUUUGCGGAGACUCGAGAGGACUUCUGCUGUGAGAACUACAGAGAGUUGUUCGAGAUUGUGGUCCAUGAAAAGCAUCUGUCUAUGAUACGUUCUGAGGCACAGUCAAUCGGACCUGCUCGACUAGAUGACCCCUUCAUCAAUGAGGACGAAGAGCUACAAGAUAAAGCACGAGAAAGAGGAAAACACAGAGAGAGAAAGAGAUAUGACAGAGCUGCUCAUUCCAGUUUAUUGGUAUCAAAGAACGAUGUGCCUCAUGAUAAUUCAGUUAUCAGUUUCCGUCUCUCUAACUGUGCACCCAAAAAGGAUCUUUGGAAAGUUAAAGAGUACAUGCAUGUGGACGAGAUCUCCGGACAAUGGACACAUGAUAAGUCUUCUGCGCUGGGGUCAGUUGAGUUUGGCUUAACUCAUCACCAGAACAAUUCAAGUUUCUUGGAGAAGUACUAUUCUAAUGGAGAUAAAUUUCUUACUGUGUUUCCAGAUGGUUCUGCACAAGUUUUCUAUCCUUCAGGAAACUUGGCUAUCAUCAUUCUCAUCUGUAAGAAGGAAAGGAUCUGUAUAGUACAGGAUGACAUGACGACGACUCUUUGCCCAGUCAGAGCCCUCUUUCAGUCUAAUGGCAGAGCCACUUGUUACCAUUGCAACGGCAGCAUUUGGUUGAGUAUGGGUGCUUGGGGUGGGCGGAGUCUAGAUGAGAGCGGGAGAAGGAUCCGAAUGUGGAGCUGGACAGACCCGGCUCAAACACCAACACCCCUGAGACCACUCUUUCUGUCGCUCAACAGAAACAUAGGGGUCCGGGUUCUUAACCAACAGUUGGUGUUUGUGUCAUUCCUUGCUUCAGGACAGCAAGCCAGGUUCAGAGUAGGCAACUGUGAGUCGUCCAAAGAACACAACACUCCUCCUCAACCGCUCAUGUGUAAAGAGGAACUAGUACUUCUGGCAUGCAGAGUUGGCCUUCACAUGGCUCUGAUACGGUUACAGCAGUGCCAAGCCUUUCCAUCCAGCCUCACACAUUUGAGGAUCAGACCUCCACCUUUCCUUCACUCGCUGGUCCGAAGGCUGCGGAGUUUGAGCCACAGAGUACAAAUGGAAGAGCCAGACAAGGCCUUUAUCCAGCGCUGUCUGAAGGCCUGUCCAUGAACUGACACUCACGCAAGACAUGAGAAGUCACUUUCAAACCAAGUAGCUUGCUGUGACCAAUGUGACAAAUUUGCGUGAGCAACUUAAACCCAGUGAGAAAUAAAUAUACGUGGGGAAAUCUCUCGCCCUCACUCGAAAUUCCAAUCGCUUGGAUUCUUAUCGGAACGACUGCUAAAUUGCCUGCUUAAAUAUGUCAAUCAAUGGUAAAUGUAACCAUACCUUAACAAACUUGGUAAAAAAAAAAAAAAAGUUAACAAUAAAUAGAGGUUCACCAUCAAAAGUGACCACAGAAAGUAAAUCUUAAAGGGAGAGUA